AUGAAUAAUUUAAAGAUGCAUCAUAGAAUUAUUCGACAAAUUGUAUUGGUGUUAUGUUUAUUUUCGAGUUAUAAUGGAGUCAAAGGCAAAAAAGAGUUAUCUGAAUUGGAAGACAUGGAGUUAGAAAAACAAUUGAAACUUUUGAAUAAACCAGCAAUCAAAACAGUCAAGACUAAAUAUGGAGAUACGUACGACUGUGUUGAUUUUUACAAACAACAUGCGUUUGAUCACCCAUUAUUGAAGAACCAUAAUUUUCAUCCUAAGAUGAAACCUACUUUUGCUGAGAUAAAGCAAAAUUCAGAUGGCUCAACAACUAAUAGGUUACCGAUAAUAUGGUCAAAAGAUGGAGGUUGUCCUUCUGGAACUGUUCCCGUUAAGAGAAUCACAAAGAAUGAUCUUAUAAGACAAAGAGAUCUGCCACCACCCGAACCUGCCAACUUCGACAACGAAUUUGUAGGCAACAAUAACAAUAGUGAGCAAAAAGCAAGCUCCAUGCCUUCUAAUGGAUAUAAGCGUGCAAUAGUUCGAACCCCAAAAGAGUUAACUACAAAGUUUACGGGAGCUGGAAUGGCAACUAGUGUGUACAAUCCUCACGUUGAAGGCAAACAAAUUAGUGCUUGUCGAAUAAGAAUUGAAAAUGGAUCAGAAAUCUUACAAGUUGGUUGGAGGGUGGAUCCAACAUUAUAUGGGGAUAAUUUGACUAGACUUUUCAUACAUCGUCAGGUAGGUGAAACCCAAUGUUUCAAUACAUUAUGCCCCGGGUUUGUGCAAGUAAACACUGAUUUACCUAUUGAAAGUUCAUUCGAGCACAUUUCACAACGUGGAGUGAAGGCAUGGGAGAUCGCAAUGUACAUUUAUAAGGAUCAAGCCUAUGGACACUGGUGGCUUCUAUUGGGAGAUAAGUAUGAAUCAAUUGGUUAUUGGCCGAAUAAUAUGUUCGUUGAGUUGGCACAGUUUGCUACGAAAAUUGAGUGGGGAGGAUCAGUAUACAGUCCACCAGGUGUACCUGAACCCCCGAUGGGUUCAAGCUAUUUACCCAUUGGAAAUUCUACUUUUGAUGCCUAUUGUAAGAGCAUUGCAUAUUCAAAUGAGGAAGGAAAUUCAGUUCUAUUACAAAAUGUAUAUUGGUAUAGUGAUGAUCUUUCUGCAUACAAGGUUCUAUUCAAAAAUCUUGUGGAAGAUACAAACAAUUUUCUUUAUGUUCUUUAUGGUGGACCUGGUAAUAAAGCACAAGUGUAA